AAUGAUCUAGGGUUCUCCUCCGUCGCCAUUGAUCUCGAAAGAAACUGUUCUGCCUCCAUUGUCCAAUUAUUUAUGUAGAGUUUCUGCUUGCUCGUCGUUUAAAAGAUAUCAAACAGUUAAUUUCGGUGGAUAUCAAACGGUGCACCAUAUAGCUUUCGGUUUGGAGACUCCAACUUUUGCAGCACCAGGUUCUCUGGACUUAACAUUGAUCACUCUCUCUCUCGUUUGCUCUUCUCUCUCUAUCUCCUAGUGUAAGCUCUCUUGAAAACAAAUCUAGAGAGAGAAGAAACCAUUCUGCAUAAUUAUUUGUGUGUGCCAAAUCCAAUGGCCGGAAGACAUUUCUUCACUUCCGGAAACCCUAAAACCAGAUCUUCGAUCCGCUUAUUCGUUUUUGCUGUCUUGGCUCUCUCUAUUCUCUUCUCCAUAUUCUCCGUGUUCUCAUCUCCUUACCAUACGAGCCCUAUCCACGAUUUCCAGAUCUCUAAACUCAAUCCUAAAGUUGAGUACUCCUUCGUGGCUUCACUCGAAGAAUUCCUGACCUCUACCUCAAAGAAUCAGAUAUCUCAUACGGUUUCGGAUGAUACAGUGCAUACAGUGAGCGAAGAGGAUGUGAAGAAGUUGGAUGAUUUGAUGUUGAAGAGAGAGAUUGAGAGGCUUUUCGAACAAUCAUUCUAUCCAGCAUUCUCGCCACUGGCACCUUCAGCUCUUAGGGUUUACGUUUACGAGAUGCCAUCGAAAUUCACCCACGAUUUACUUUGGUUGUUUCAAAAUACAUAUAGGGAGACUUCAAAUCUCACGUCUAAUGGUAGUCCUGUUCACCGACUCAUCGAACAGCAUUCUAUUGAUUAUUGGCUGUGGGUGGAUUUGAUUACUCCGGAAUCAGAAAGGCUUUUGAAGAGUGUUGUGAGAGUAUAUCAGCAGGAAGAGGCUGACCUAUUCUACAUUCCGUUUUUCACAACAAUAAGCUUCUUCUUGUUGGAGAAACAACAGUGCAAGUCACUUUAUAGGGAAGCUAUGAAGUGGGUCACAGAGCAGCCUGCGUGGAAACGAUCUGAAGGAAGAGACCACAUACUUCCGGUUCAUCAUCCCUGGUCGUUCAAGUCCGUUCGCAGAUUUAUGAAGAAUGCAAUUUGGCUGCUACCAGAUAUGGACUCGACAGGAAACUGGUACAAACCUGGACAAGUUUGGCUUGAGAAAGACCUGAUACUUCCCUAUGUCCCCAAUGUCGAUCUGUGUGAUGCAAAAUGCUUGUCAGAAAUUGAAUCUAAGAGAAGCAAACUGCUAUUUUUCCGUGGAAGACUGAAGAGAAAUGCGGGAGGAAAGAUACGUGCUAAACUUGUGUCAGAACUUAAUGGUGCUGAUGGUGUAGUUAUAGAGGAGGGGAGUGCUGGAGAGGCAGGAAAAGCAGCAGCUCAGAGUGGCAUGCGCAAGUCUAUUUAUUGCCUAUGUCCAGCUGGUGACACUCCAUCAUCUGCUAGAUUGUUUGAUGCUAUUGUCAGUGGGUGUAUUCCUGUUAUUAUUAGUGAUGAACUAGAGCUUCCCUUUGAAGGAAUACUUGAUUAUCGGAAGAUAGCUUUGUUUGUUUCCUCGAGCGAAGCUGUGCAGCCGGGAUCACUUUUAAAGUUCCUCAGAAGUGUUAGUCCUGCUCAAAUCAGGGCAAUGCAAAUGAACUUAGCUAAGUUCUCAAGGCAUUUCCUAUAUUCCCAUCCAGCUCAACCUAUGGGACCAGAAGACUUGAUUUGGAGAAUGUUGGCAGGUAAGUUAGUGAACAUCAAGCUUCAUACCCGGAGGUCGCAACGUGUAGUGAAAGAAUCUAGAAGCCUGUGCACUUGUGACUGCAAGCGUUCAAACUUCACAAGCCCAGCUCUGUUGUCUUGAUUGUUGAUUGUGAGUUGUUUUUCUGUUUUUGCUCAGUAUUGUGUUUGUGUUUGGGAUGAAGGGAGCAUAUCUGCAAUCACAUGAGUUAAGGUUAGAACAAGCAAUUCCUUCCCAUUCUUUUCUUGGGAUUACCUAUGUUAAUAAUGUCUAAUGUAAAAGAUGCUCCUGGUUUACAUCAGGUCUUCAAGUAAUACAAUUCUUUCACACGUCUAGAAAACUGCAUUGGAUGGUUAAAAGAUUUUUUCUGUUAGAGGGAGAUUAGCUAAAAGAUCAAUUCAGG